AUGCCUCGAGGUGUACCACGAGCCAUACCGAAGAAACCAGGUCCCUACCAUGCCAGAACUCCGGUCCUCGAAUACAGAGCCCCACCUCCACGCACACCGAUAGCCUCCGCUACCAAACCUGUCGACGCCGCAAAUGCACAGUCCAAAGUCAAGCUCCAGAGAGGAGCUAGAGGAGUUGGUGUCUAUGUCAUGGGAGCCUGUGCCUUUGGCAUGGCCUUCUACAUGUCAGGACUUGCCGUAUCGAUAUACAAAGCAAAAGACGUACAAGCCAAUUACUCGCCCUCCGCACAGCGCGACGUCGCCAAUGUCUACGAUACAACAGCUGGAGGUUUUGACGCCGAGGUCAACUUCUCCGAGAAGGUCGGAGGUGUGAUAAAAGCACGGAAAGAGAUGUCUGCCAUGGUCAAGGGGCAUGUGCUAGAGGUCAGCUGUGGCACUGCGAGGAAUCUGGGCUACUACGGCUUCGACAAGAUCAAGAGUUUGACUCUGAUUGACCUCAGUCCGCAAAUGGUCCAAGAGGCACGCAAGAAAUGGAACAUCUUGAAUCCUGGCAAGGUCGCUGAGAAUGUGCCUAUCCGGUUUCUGCAAGGCGAUUGCAUUGGGGAGAUGCCCGAGCCACCGACUACACAAGACGCUGCGAAGAAGAACGGAACCACUUUCACACCAGGUCUGGCCAGGGGCUACGACACGAUAGUACAGACCAUGGGUCUUUGUAGUACGGCACAACCUGUGGAGCUGCUCAAGAACUUGUCAAAACACCUGAAUCACUCGAACCCGGACGCCAGAAUCUUGCUUCUUGAGCAUGGUCGCAGUUACAUUGGCUGGAUGAACAAGCUCUUGGAUAUGUCUGCACCCCAACACGCUGAUAAACAUGGUUGCUGGUGGAACAGAGACAUCGGCCAAAUCAUUGAAGAUAGCGGGCUCGAGGUUGUCAAAGAACGUAGGAAACAGUUUGGAACCGUUUGGAUCUUUGAGCUGAAACCAAAACCGGUCACACAAAGCAUCAAAGAGAAGGCAGAGCAAGUCGGAGAUAAACUCGAGGAGCAAGUCCAAAGUCAAACAACACAACAAGGUUGGUUUUCUUGGAUGUCCAAGUGA